CAUGUUCUUUGUUUUUGAUUUUUCUGGCAGUUUUCUGUUAAAUGCUUUGUGAUUAUGUGUCACUGGGUUAGAUUUUCAUUUAUUUUUAUUCUUUCUAGUUCUAUAUUGACAGGUAAUUUGUUUCAUUAUAAAAACAUGGUAUAAAUUCAUACGAUUUCCUUAAAAAGUUACACAUUGAGUUUACAGGUGCUAUAUACAGAUUGAGCUUACAGGUGCUAUAUACAGGUACAACGGUAAUUCUUGUGUAAGUAGCCUUGUGAGAAUGUGAUAUUAUCUUCAUCUGAGAGCUGAAUAGAUUUAGAAAUUUAGGUCAUUUACCUCAAACUACACAGUUAGAAGUCUUGGAAGGGUUUCCAAGUCUAACCUGACACUUCCUCAGGCUAGUUAGCUAAAGUUGUUUGAAGUUACAUUGAGUUAUUUAGUACUACUUUGUACAUUACUGAAUUGUAAAGGUUUCAUUAUGCACAUUUUUACAGAAGUUAGAUAAAAUUAUGAGAAGAUCAUAAUUUCUCACAGGCAGAGUUUAAAUCUGGCUAAAAAAUAAAUAAAUAAAAAUAAUUCAUUUAUGACAUGGUUCCUUGCAGUGGGGUAAAAUACUCAUUAGGCAAAAACAGGUGAGAGUGGGAGUGUAAUUAGAAUAGUGGGGACUGUGACAUCCUGGAGUGAAAAUUGUCAAAAGGGGCACCUGCUCCAGCUGACUGUUGCAUGUUGGUGUACAUAUUUUUCAAAAUCAGCUGGAAGUCUGGGUUUUUGUAUGAAAUCUUUUAAAUGUUGAUAGAAUUUUAACAUGGUGGCCAAACCAAACAGCUGCUGACUAGAUUAGGAAGGCCACCAAUUUGAUUUGUUUGAUGAGCACAUGCAAAAAAGGUGUGUUUUAAAUAAUAUGCACGGUAUAGAGUACUAGUCUUAAUGCUAGUUUGUUUCAACUGUAGCUGAGAGUCGACCUGUAUUGUGAGGAGAUUGUGUCUUGUUCUAAUUCCUCCUUGUGGAAAAUGGCUUUUUAUUUUCUCGAUCAGGUGGGCCGAGUAAGGUCUUUUAUACGAUGAGCAGUAUUUUUAGACAAACCCAAACCCAAAGUUCCUCUUUGAGGCCGAGUUAACACAACUGAUUAAAUAUUUGAGAGAAGGCUUUAUGAAAGAAAUGCCAUAGCCAACUUCCCUAUUUUUAAUGGCAAUGCGCUAGUCUUAGUACGAGAGCUGUUUUACAGGAAGGAACCCACUUGAAAAAACCUGCCUAUUCCUCCCUAAGGCAUCAGGCUCUGCUGGUUUAGCCACAGAGUUUAUCCCGGGGCGAAGAAUUUUCGCUGUACGCCUGGAACCAGUUUCAAUACGAAGCGUUCCGCGUUCCUCUUUCCUCGGUAACUAUAGGCGAGCCUGCGUUCCCGGAAGUGACGUCAACAUUCUUCAGUUCUUCCGUCUAUCGGCGGAACUCUGGGCUCCUGGAGUUGCCGGUUGUGUACGUGGAAGCAGCCAGCGCCUGCGCAGUUGAACCUGUCGUCUCAGCUGUGUGGGAAGCGCCGAGGGUAACAUCUCGGGCUCGGGGGAGAUCUUCGGGGUCAUGGUUUCCCACUGACAGGGCCCGCCGAGUGGAGAAGCAGGCGAGGCUCUCCGUGCACCCUCCCCCGGGCCCCCGACCGUCGGCCUUUCCCUUGGCCUUCCCGCUCGGUGCUGCCGCUGCCGCCGCCGCCAACACCGGCGGUUGAGGAGGGGCGAUGAGCUGGUUCAACGCCUCCCAGCUUUCCAGCUUCGCCAAGCAGGCCCUAUCUCAGGCCCAGAAGUCCAUCGACAGGGUCCUGGACAUCCAGGAAGAGGAGCCGAGCGCUUGGGCCGAGACCAUUCCGUACGGAGAGCCAGGAAUAAAUCCCCCUGUCAGUGGAGGAUGGGAUACUUCGACCUGGGGGUUAAAAUCCAACACUGAACCUCAGAGUCAGCCAGUAGUCUCUCCUAAAGCAAUUACAAAGCCAGUUCGGAGAACUGUGGUAGAUGAAUCUGAAAAUUUCUUCAGUGCCUUUCUCCCUCCAGCUGAUGUCCAGACCAUUCAGAAGAGUCCAGUGGUAUCAAAACCACCAGCUAAAUCACAGCGACCAGAAGAAGAAGUGAAAAGCACCUUACAGGAGUCCUUGCACACUGGACAGUCAAGAACAACUGAAGCCACUGAGUCAAAAGUAAAGGACUCUCCUCCAUGUAUAUCCAAGGAAACUCCGGCAGUCAAUACUCUGUCACCUAAAACUGAGGAUAAGCAGGAAGAAACUGUUACUAAAGAAUCUGAUAUGAAGGUGCCAACAGUGCAUUUGAAAGUAUCUGAAAGUGUUGUGAAUGAGAAAACAACUAGGGAAAAUGUAUCUAAUAUGUCUACACAGCCUCUCACAGCAGAAACCAAGGACAUGGCUUUGGAACCUAAGGAACAAAAACAUGAAGACCGACAGAGCAAUACACCUUCUCCUCCUGUUAGUACCUUCUCGUCAGGUACUUCUACCACUAGUGAUAUUGAAGUUUUAGAUCACGAAAGUGUAAUAAGUGAGAGCUCAGCAAGUUCUAGACAAGAGAAUACAGAUUCAAAAUCAAGCCUGCACUUGAUGCAGACAUCCUUUCAGCUUCUCUCAGCAUCUGCUUGUCCUGAAUAUAAUCGUUUAGAUGAUUUCCAAAAACUCACUGAGAGUUGCUGCUCAUCUGAUGCUUUUGAAAGAAUAGACUCAUUUAGUGUACAGUCAUUAGAUAGCCGUAGUGUCAGCGAAAUCAAUUCAGAUGAUGAACUGUCAGGCAAGGGAUAUGCUCUAGUACCUAUUAUACUUAAUUCUUCAACUCCAAAGACCAAAACAAUUGAAUCUGUUGAAGGAAAACCUGAAGAAGCAAAUGAAACAUUAAUUAUGCCCAAUGAGGAAACAGAAAUGGAAGAAAGUGGACGAAGUGCAACUCCUGUUAACUGCGAACAGCCUGAUAUCUUGGUUUCUUCCGCAUCAGUAAAUGAAGGACAUGCUGUCUUGGCUGAGGAGGCUGAGCAGCCUGAAGCUUCAAGUCAGCCAGAGGCACCUUCUGAGAAGGAAGAUGUCUGCAAGACAGUUGAAUUUCUGAAUGAGAAACUGGAUAAAAGGGAAGCUCAGUUAUUAUCUCUUAGUAAAGAAAAAGCACUUCUAGAAGAAGCUUAUGAUAAUCUGAAAGAUGAAAUGAUCAGAGUGAAAGAAGAGAGCAGCAGCAUUUCUUCCUUGAAAGAUGAGUUUACUCAAAGAAUUGCAGAAGCGGAAAAGAAAGUUCAGCUAGCCUGCAAGGAGAGAGAUGCUGCUAAAAAGGAAAUCAAAAGUAUAAAAGAAGAACUUGCUACUAGAUUAAAUAGUAGUGAAACGGCAGACCUUUUGAAAGAGAAAGAUGAGCAGAUCCGAGGGUUAAUGGAAGAAGGAGAGAAACUUUCAAAACAGCAGCUGCAUAAUUCUAACAUCAUUAAGAAAUUAAGAACUAAAGACAAAGAAAAUGAAAAUAUUAUUGCAAAGCUGAACAAAAAAGUUCAAGAGCUAGAAGAAGAGUUACAACAUUUAAAACAGGUCCUUGAUGGCAAAGAAGAAGUUGAGAAACAACAUAGAGAAAAUAUUAAGAAACUAAAUUCUGUGGUAGAACGCCAAGAGAAGGACCUUGGCCGACUUCACAUAGACAUUAAUGAACUUGAAGAAAAGAACCGAAGUAUUCAGGCUGCUCUUGAUAGUGCAUACAAAGAACUUACUGAUCUCCACAAAGCCAAUGCUGCAAAGGAUAGUGAGGCCCAGGAAGCUGCUCUGAGUCGUGAAAUGAGAGCUAAAGAAGAACUUUCUGCAGCACUGGAGAAGGCCCAAGAAGAAGCCCGUCAGCAGCAGGAAACAUUAGCAAUUCAAGUGGGGGACCUUAGGCUGGCACUGCAACGUGCAGAGCAAACAGCUGCCAGAAAAGAGGAUUAUUUACGCCAUGAGAUCAGUGAACUCCAGCAGAGACUCCAGGAAGCAGAGAAUCGAAACCAAGAACUGAGUCAAAGUGUUUCAUCAACAACAAGACCAUUGCUUCGACAGAUAGAAAAUUUGCAAGCAACUCUAGGGUCCCAGACGUCAUCAUGGGAGAAGUUAGAGAAGAAUCUUUCUGAUAGACUUGGUGAAUCCCAGACCUUGUUGGCAGCAGCAGUUGAGAGAGAACGUGCGGCCACAGAAGAACUUCUUGCUAACAAAAUUCAAAUGUCUUCCAUGGAGUCACAGAAUUCUCUCUUAAGACAAGAAAAUAGUAGAUUUCAGGCUCAGCUAGAAUCAGAGAAAAAUAGGCUAAGAAAACUAGAGGAUGAAAAUAAUAGGUACCAGGUUGAAUUAGAAAACCUAAAGGAUGAAUAUGUAAGAACACUUGAAGAGACAAGGAAAGAAAAGACACUGUUGAAUAGUCAGUUAGAAAUGGAGAAAAUGAAAGUUGAACAAGAGAGGAAGAAAGCAAUUUUCACUCAAGAAGCAGUAAAAGAAAAGGAGCGGAAACCGUUUUCUGUUUCUAGCACUCCUACAAUAUCACGUUCAAGUUCAAUAAGUGGAGUUGAUAUGGCAGGCCUACAGACAUCUUUUCUGUCUCAGGAUGAGCCUCAUGAUCACUCAUUUGGACCAAUGUCUGUGUCAGCAAAUGGAAGCAAUCUUUAUGAUGCUGUAAGGAUGGGAGCGGGAUCAAGCAUUAUUGAAAAUCUACAGUCUCAGCUGAAGCUAAGGGAAGGAGAAAUUUCUCAUUUACAGCUAGAAAUUGGCAAUCUAGAAAAAACACGCUCCAUAAUGGCUGAAGAGCUAGUUAAAUUAACAAAUCAAAAUGAUGAACUUGAAGAGAAAGUGAAGGAGAUACCCAAACUUCGAAUGCAGCUAAGGGAUUUGGAUCAAAGAUACAACACUAUUCUGCAGAUGUAUGGAGAAAAAGCAGAAGAGGCAGAAGAACUUCGAUUAGAUCUUGAAGAUGUAAAAAAUAUGUAUAAGACUCAAAUAGAUGAACUUCUAAGACAAAGGCUCAGUUAACUUCUGCAAAUUACAUUCCCAUCAAACUGAAUGUAAACAUUUGAUAUCUACGUGCAGAUAUCCAAUAAAUUCUUUGAUAGAAUUAGAAGGUGGAAAUUACUGUAGUGUUAAAAAAUUGAAAAAAUUCUUUUAUAGUGUAUAGUAAUAUUUCCAGUUAAAUUAUUUUGUGCAAUAUUUGAACUUUAUUUUUAAAACUAUUCUUUAAAAGAUUUAUUUUUUAAAAGGUCUUUUUUUUUUUUGCCUUGAAUAGCACAGAGAUUUAUUACUUUAUCCUCAUAUCAGUAUGGUUAGAGAAGGAGAAUGGUUCAUAUGCUGUAUUGUAGAUAUAUAACUAAUUGUAUCUAUAAUUUGUAUGUUUUUGUAUAUAUUGAGAACAUUUAAAGAGUUAUAGUAAUGUUGACACUGAAAUCUUUCGCACUUAAAUCUUCAAUAUAUCUUAAUUGCAAUUCAUGAAAAUGGACAUUGUUUUCAAGUAAAAAAAUUACUAAAUCUGCAGUUAUUAAAGUUUUGAAAUAAUUUUUUUUCUUUAAAAAAAGUCUCUGAAGUUUAAAAGGUAAAUAAUUAAAACUUACAAAUUUUUGUGAUCUCAAGUUUUAUUUCAGUCAGAUUUCACAAUUAAGUCUGUACAAACUUUGGUACCUAUUUGGAGAAAGUUGUAGCUAUUCAAAGUUAUCUAGGCAUAAUUGAAUAGUGGAAAAAUCUACUUUAAAAGAUUUUGUGAUAACUUCAUUAACAUUUUAGUGGUUUUUGAAGAGGUAUUGUUUUACUACCCUAUAAAACGAAUCAAAAGAAAUAAAAUUACUAAUGUAAUUUUCUUUUUAAUUGUUCACAUUUUGUAAAGUCUUAUUUUUGGCACAUUAAAAGUAAAUGUUGACAUUCAUAAUAGUAUUCAUAACAAAAUAGAGAAUUAUAGGAGUUAAAUUUGACAUUUUGCAGUUUUCUGUAGUUUAUCAUUUAAUUUUUUUCUUGGACCUUUAAAAUCAAAAACUAAUAGCUGAAAAAAUAGCUAUUCCUUCUCAGCUGUGUUUUAGACUUGUGAAAUAUUUUGAUAGAUUUUAUUACUUAAAGUCAUUUAGAUGCCUUUACUUGAAAAUAAGAACUCUGACUUAGUUUUUAGUUACAUUUUAAACACUAGAACUUUAGAGUAUAGCUAGAAGUAAGCCAUGCUGAAGAUUGUGGAAUGCUUUUCAGGGCAAUUCAAGUGACCUCAUUUUUGUUCUUUUUGGAUUCAAGACAGUAUUUCUGUUAUUGGAUCUCUGAUUUGUAGCAUUAAUAAAUAUUCUUUCAGUGUGAGCCAAAUUCAUGAAAUUAAUUUUCUAUAUUUUAGCAGUAAAAAGCAGUAAAAUAGCUUUUCUUUUUUUUAAAUUAUUAUCAAUAUUCAGGGGUUGACAGAAUGACAAAAUUGAUAGCAAUAGGAAAUUUACAAAAUUAGAAAAUACGGGAAAUACAAGUUGCAAAAUUCUAUCAAGUUUUUGAAAUCAGAAGUUUAGGGAUUAUGAAAUUGUUCUUUUAUGGUAUCCAUUAAUGAAGAGGGAAAAAAACCUUCAGUGGAGAAAAGACUGAGAUAAAAUUGCUUUACUUUUUAAUUUAUAAUAUUAAACAUUCUCUUUUCUUAAUCCUUAUUAAUAAAAUCAAUUCAACUUAAAAUUUUAUGGUGUUUUUAGUUUAAUUUAAAAAUGAGAGCAGCUAUUUAAGUCUUUGACUGUAUAUUACCAUAUAUUGUUCUUUAUCCACCAAUUAAUAGCUGAUUUUCAUACUGAGUUUGUUUCAUAUAUGUUUAGAUUUUUAAAUACAUCUAUAAAUUGAGAAUGCGUACCAAUUGCUUUCUUGAAAAACUCCACUAAGUGGCAGAAUACCUAUUGGAUAUUGGUUGCUGUAUUUUGCUGUUUGUCAUUAAAAAUUAUCUAUCCAUAUUCUAGAAAAUAUUUGUAUUUUAAUAGAUAAGAAAAUAGUUUGCAGUCAGAUGUUUCCAUUCUUGAAAGAAAAUAGAUAAUACAAAUCAUAACAAUGUUAAGAAUAUUAAAAAAAAGAGUAAAAGGUAUGAACAUUGUCAUUUCCAUAAGACAAGUAAGCACAGAUUAUGGGCAUCCUUCUAACUCUUGGGAAGCUAAAUUGAGAGUGCCAUUUCUUUCUUUUUCUUUCCCUCUUUUUAGAGAACUUCCAAUUGUAUAGUGUGUAGCAUGUGGGGAUGCAUCAAAUCUUUGAUUUUUAAGAUAUUCUAAAUAUGGGAAAUUUCUGACCUAGGGAAACAUGUAGUUUAAGUAAGUAAAAAGAAAAGUUCAGGAAAAUUUUUCUCUUAUAAUCCUUCAUUUGGCACUUAUUAAUUGAAAAUUUUAUUUAAAUAAUUUAAAAGUAUGUGAUUUAUAAUAUAUAGAAAAUAGACACAAGAAAAAUAGAAAAUGACUAUGGAUACUUUAUCUUGUUUUACUAUUCUUUGUCUAGUAUGUGUACAUGUAUGUUCUAAUGUAUCUUAAUUUUUCAUUUUCAUUUGAGUCUAAUUUCCCUAAUUUUGUUCAGUUUUAAAAUAUAACAACUUUAACUUCAUAUUUUGUAAAGGGCUAAAAGUAUGAUUUAAAACUACUUGAUAUUAUAUUUUAAUUGAUACUAUAUUUUAAUUCUAAAUGAAAGAUGUAAAUAAUAAGCAUGAUUCUGAUUUGAAUAAAGAUUUUAAAGUAGUAA